AUGUAUCGUCGCGUAUUCAUCCCACAUGUUGCUGCUAACGCAUACUACAGUCACAUGCAUUUUGAAAAAGUUAAGUCUAGCUUCAAACAAGAUCUUAUAAACUUCCCUUGGUGGCUGGUUGUAGACUGUGAUAAUGUUAACCAGAAGACUGCAAUUCUCUCAGAUAUGAUAUUGACUCUUUUUGAUUCUCAUGCACCAAUAUGUGAGAAAAAAGUUACCAGGCCACCUUCCCCGUGGUUUACUGAUGAGUUGCGUGCGUUGAAGAAUCACCGUAACUAUCUUUUCUCUAAAUACAAACGUACUAAAAAUUUACGGGAUUGGGCAUCCUACAAGGAAAUGAGGAAUUUUUUUACGUCAGCUGUUCGACAAGAAAAGAGAGCUUAUAUUGAUUUUGUCAGUCGUACUAAAAAAUCCAAAGACAUGUGGAAGACACUAGACCAACUUAAUAUCUAUAACAGAUCUAAAAAAAAUAUAGAAAUUCCUAACCAUCAUAAAAACCCAAAUUUAAUUAGUCAAUAUUUUAGCGACUCGGUGCGACAAAUACUUAGCACUGUUGAUACGAAUACUAUUUCUAAAUAUCUUAAUUCCAAAUGUACAACCACAGUAUUUGAAUUGAAACUCGUUAGUGAAGAUGACGUUUUCUGGGCAAUAUCGGAGAUUGGGUCAAACGCCUCUGGUGCAGAUGGAAUUAGCCUUGACAUGAAUGCUCAGAUAAUAGUUAGACAGAACAUAUUUCUGAAAUUAUCAACUCAAAAACCUGUUAACAUAUACUAUAGAGAUACCAUCUGUCGAGAACUGAACAACAUACGCCAUACAGAACUCUUAGUAUUCGGUUUUGGAACAGCAUUGUCCAAUAACUGUCAGGUGUACGAUAACUAA